UGGAAGGAAAGCAGAGCAAGUAACACUGCAUGGGUUAUGGCAAAAACAACGGCAUUCCCAACAUAUGAUUAAAUAUAUUUCCAAUAUAGCAAUACCAGAUCCCAUUGAAUACAUGAACAUGCACACUUUUCCAUGAAACCUCACCUGGCCCGAUUCCUCUCCGCAUUCGGGAUUGAAAUCGGUUUACGAAGUUGCGUGUUUCAGUAUUUUUAAACCCCUUUAAAAAAACAAGAAAGGAAAGAAACGUACAAAUCCUGGCGGUGGGAACCCUGGAGGGUGGAGGAAGAUGGCCGGGAAUUGUAACAGUUUUACUUCAGGAUCUGGGGAAAUCAUCCAGCUGAACGUCGGUGGCACAAGGUUCAGCACCUCAAGACAAACUCUAAUGUGGAUUCCUGACUCAUUUUUCUCAAGUUUGCUCAGUGGGAGAAUAUCAACUCUAAGGGAUGGAACUGGAGCAAUAUUUAUUGACAGAGACCCAACAGCAUUUGCACCUAUAUUAAAUUUCCUUCGAACCAAAGAAUUAGAUCUCCGGGGAGUGAACAUUAAUGUUCUCCGACAUGAAGCUGAGUUUUAUGGAAUAACACCAUUAGUACGAAGGCUGCUGUUAUGUGAGGAACUGGAUCGAUCAUCAUGUGGCAGUGUUCUCUUCCAUGGAUACCUCCCUCCACCAGCUAUUCCCAGUCGUAAGGUCAGUGCUGCUUCAGCACCAGCAGCUCCAGCAGCAUCAGCAGCAGUCCUUCCACCAGAAGAAAGAGCUGGGCAGAGCGUGUCUGAAGGGGGGGCUCCAGGGAGCUGUCUACAGGCCUCUUUGGCUGGGGUUGGGGCUGCAGAGGUACCAACGCGGCUUGGUUCCCCUGUGGAUCCACGAAAAGUGCUAAUAGUUGCAGGUCAUCACAACUGGAUUGUAGUUACAUAUGCACAUUUUGUGGUUUGUUACAGUAGGAUAAAGGAGUCCUCAGGCUGGCAGCAGGUGUUUUCCAGCCCCUACUUGGACUGGGCAAUUGAGCGUGUGGCUCUUAACGCAAAGGUGGUGGGCGGUCCCCAUGGGGACAAGGAUAAAAUGGUUGCUGUGGCAUCAGAAAGCAACAUCAUCCUAUGGAGCAUCCAGGACGGGGGCAGCGGCAGUGAAAUAGGUGAGUUCAGCCUGGGGGUUCCAGUGGAUGCCUUGUUCUUUAUUGGGAAUCAGCUGGUCGCUACGAGUCACACAGGGAAGGUGGGGGUGUGGAAUGCUGUUACGCAACAUUGGCAGGUUCAGGAUGUUGUCCCAAUUACAAGCUAUGACACUGCAGGAUCAUUCCUCUUGUUGGGUUGUAACAAUGGAUCCAUAUACUACAUUGAUAUGCAAAAAUUUCCCUUAAGAAUGAAGGAUAAUGAUCUACUGGUGACUGAGCUUUACCAUGAUCCAUCGAAUGAUGCCAUCACUGCCCUGAGUGUCUAUCUCACACCCAAGACAACACCAGCAGUUUCUAAAGCAAAUGGUACUCUAUCACUGAGAGAUGCUGUGUUUUCAGGUGUGAGUGGGAACUGGAUUGAGAUUGCCUAUGGUACCAGCUCUGGGACAGUGAGAGUGAUUGUACAACAUCCAGAAACAGUGGGGUCCGGUCCUCAACUUUUCCAGACCUUCACUGUCCACCGCAGCCCUGUCACCAAGAUCAUGCUCUCAGAGAAACACCUGGUAUCAGUCUGUGCAGACAACAACCAUGUGCGAACGUGGACUGUGACUAGAUUCAGAGGAAUGAUUUCCACCCAGCCUGGCUCCACUCCUUUGGCCUCAUUCAAAAUCCUGUCCCUUGAAGAAACUGAGAGCCACAGCAGCUACUCGUCUGGAAAUGAUAUUGGUCCUUUUGGAGAGAGAGAUGAUCAACAGGUUUUUAUCCAGAAAGUUGUCCCGAUAACAAAUAAACUCUUUGUGCGACUUUCUUCCACCGGAAAAAGAAUCUGUGAGAUCCAAGCUGUGGAUGGCACCACAAUUUCCUCCUUCACAGUGAGGGAAUGUGAGGGAUCGAGCAGAAUGGGGUCCAGGCCACGCCGAUACCUCUUCACAGGUCAUGGAAACGGAAGCAUUCAGAUGUGGGAUCUAACAACUGCCAUGGACAUGGUGAACAAGGCGGAAGAUCCGAAAGAAGUUGAGGUGGGAGGCCCCACAGAAGAAGAACUGUUGAAACUGUUGGAUCAGUGUGACCUGAGUACCUCUCGCUGUGCUACCCCCAACAUCAGCCCAGCUACCUCAGUGGUACAGCACAGUCGGUUGCGAGAGUCUAACUCCAGUCUGCAGCUGCACCCUCAUGACACAAUACCAGAGACGGCUACAUACGGAGCAGUGAGACCAUACAGGGAGAGCCCCCUUCUGGCCAGAGCCAGACGGACUGAGAGCUGUAACAGUUACAAGGACUUUCAGUCUUUUAACCUGGGUAUUAAUCUGCUGGAGAGGGAAGGUGCUGAGAACGGCAGCUUGUCCCUCAUGCCUUCGUUGGAGGUGAGGCGGACUACAGCAGAGACCAGUGCUUUGGCCAGGAAAAGUUCAGCGGUAGAAGUUUGGACAAACAGGGGCUCAGACGGAGUCCCAGAGUCCACCAAGCCACCUCCGGAAAGCCCUGGGGAAUCCAAGAAAAAGGGCCAGGAUGAAGAGAUGGACCUAAAGCAAGAGAUAAAGAAGAGGAGCACGUUUGAUGGAGGGUUCCUGGGGAGGAAGAAAGCAUCUCCAGUGCCUCCGCUUGCCUCCCCACCCUCGGGAGCAGAGGCAGGGAGCGAAUCAUCUGGCACCGCGUCUCCAUCUCCAACAAAAAUGGCUACAUCCCCAAGACAUAAGAAGAAUGACUCCUCUUGUCAGGAGUACAGUUUGUGAUUUGUCUAAAAAAAGAAGAAUGAAUACAUUAAAAUCAUCUUAAAUGAAA